GAGGCCUGGGCCGGAAGCGUCGGGCGAAGAGGGAGGGGGUUCUGCCCUGGUUCGGGUCGAAGCCAAAUUGGGCGCCGAGGGGGAGAGCUGCAGUAACUCAAGAAGAAAGUCCCAAUGGCAGAACUAUCUGCACACUUAUCACAGGUCCAGCAUGGACAACUGAGAGAGAACUCUCCUGACAGUCACCUGACCAAUACUAAUGACAACAGUGAAAGACGACAACCUCAGAGUGGUGACCAGAGAUCUAAUAAUCCUACUCCAGCAUCUAAUGGGCAGCCACAGCAAAGGCCUCGACAAGUGGUGGAGCAAGAUUGUGAGGAGGAGGAAGAGCUGACACUGAAAUAUGGGGCCAAGCAUGUGAUCAUGCUCUUUGUGCCUGUCACACUAUGUAUGGUAGUUGUGGUUGCAACCAUCAAGUCUGUCAGUUUUUAUACGCACAAGGAUGGACAGCUACUCUAUACUCCGUUUACAGAAGAUACAGAAACAGUUGGACAAAGAGCUCUGAAUUCUGUUCUCAAUGCUGCCAUCAUGAUUGGUGUCAUUAUUGUCAUGACUAUUCUCCUGGUUGUGCUUUAUAAAUACAGGUGCUAUAAGGUGAUCCAUGGUUGGCUCUUCGUUUCUACUCUCUUCUUGCUUUUCUUUUUCUCAUUUAUUUACUUAGGGGAAGUUUUUAAGACCUAUAACGUUGCCAUGGAUUACAUUACUGUAGCCCUGAUGAUUUGGAACUUUGGUGUGGUAGGAAUGAUCUGCAUUCAUUGGAAAGGCCCCCUCCGUCUUCAGCAAGCCUAUCUCAUUAUGAUAAGUGCUCUAAUGGCCUUGGUGUUUAUUAAAUAUCUUCCUGAAUGGACUGCUUGGCUCAUCUUGGCAGUAAUCUCAGUGUAUGAUCUGAUUGCAGUGUUGUCUCCCAAAGGGCCUCUUCGUAUGCUGGUAGAAACAGCUCAAGAAAGAAAUGAAACUUUGUUCCCAGCACUCAUUUACUCAUCAACAAUGAUAUGGCUAGUAAAUAUGGCUGAAGAAGAUCCUGAAGCCCAGAAGGGAGCUUCCAAAAAUGCCACUUACAAUCAGCAAGUCUCGGUGAAUCAAAACCAGAAUGCAGGUGCUGAGGCAGAUGAUGGAGGUUUCAACCCAGAGUGGGAGCAGCAACGAGACAGCAGGAUUGGGCCACUGGCAUCAACCCGUGAGACACGAGCAGCCGUGCAGGCUCUUCCCAGUCAUUCCCCAGCAAGCGAGGACCCAGAAGAGAGCGGAGUUAAGCUUGGCUUAGGAGACUUCAUUUUCUACAGCGUUCUAGUCGGCAAAGCUUCAGCAACAGCCAGCGGAGACUGGAACACAACUUUAGCCUGUUUUGUAGCCAUUUUAAUUGGCCUGUGCCUUACCCUCCUGCUACUUGCCAUUUUUAAAAAGGCCUUACCAGCUCUUCCGAUUUCUAUAACUUUUGGGCUAGUGUUCUAUUUUGCCACAGAUAAUUUGGUGCAACCUUUUAUGGAUCAAUUAGCUUUCCAUCAAUUUUAUAUCUAGCAUCCUUUCAGCUGACCACCUACGGACAUUUUAUUGACUUCAGCAAAUAUGGGAGGGAGAAACUUAUUUUCCCCUCAUUUCCUAAAACAGCUGCUAUGCUGGGCAUUACUGGAUUCUUCUUUGUAAAAAUGGUCUCUUCACCAGUGGGUUCCCUGCAAUUUGACUGCAGUUGGUUGUAUAUCUUUAAAAGAACAGUCUGUAGAAAAGAUGCCAGUGUUCUCACCAGCAACAAAAUUGCUCGGCAUGGGGUCCCACCUUGCACCAAUCAAGAAUGUUGAGGAUUCAUCCAGUGAAAAGCGGUAUGAUGGUAAAUCAAGCUGAACUGCCUGAUGAGCCAGUGGGACGCCAUAACAGAGCCAUCAGUGCUUGUAUCCUGAUGCCACUCUGAGAAGAGCAAUUGGGAGGAAAGGAUAUUAUCUUGUUUAAAGGAGAAAAAAAAUCAAGCAAAUAAUGUCUUGCA